AUGGGUGAAUCACUGGCUGCCGCGGCCAUGGCGGUCCAGUCGAUCGAUGCCGAGGAAAUAGACGUAUUCACCAACGACCCGGCCGUUUUGGAUGCGCCCGCUAUUAUUGAGCCGGAGUCUGUGCCCAAGAAGAAGGGAAAUCGCCAAAGGCUGCUUCGAGGACUUCAGCGCAUGUCCUCGUCGCCGUCCCUAGCCCGCCCCGGCCGCGCGCGAGCCUCCACGAGCCCAUAUCAUGGCCCAGGAAGCUUUUCAUGUGUGAGCCUGGCGACGAAUCCCUCGCCAUUCGGCCAGCCGAGCUCUGGAUAUUUUUCUGCGUCUUCGCAUGGCGGGCUAUCGACUGCCCCUACGUCUACGCCCGGCACCCCGGCUCAUGAUUGCCAACGUGACGGUGUUGAGCAUGUCCUCGCGACGCGAAGAGUCACAACUCUCGAUAUGGCUGCCUCCUCGACCCUGACUGUUCCGCUACCAGCGGAUUUGAGACCGAAGCGGGCCGUCUUCAAUAUAUGGCAGCAUCUCCCCCGUGAGAUCAAGAUUCAGGUACUGGCUUUCUUACAGCCUAGAGACCUCGUCCUCGCCUCGGCUGUAAACAGGGAGUUCCAUGAUCUUUGCCAUGACGGCCAGCUGUGGACUUCAUUUGACGCUUCCGAGUUCUACCAGGACAUACCAGCCGAGUCUCUGGCCAAAAUUAUUGUUGCUGCUGGACCUUUUAUUAAGGACCUCAAUUUGAGAGGAUGUGUCCAGGUGGAGCACUAUAAGAGAGCAGAGACUAUUGUCAAAGCUUGCAGAAACCUCAUCAAUGCAACCCUGGAAGGAUGCCGGAAUCUGCAGCGGACGACCCUUCACAGCUUGGUGAGAAGCAACGACAAAUUGGCCCAUCUCAAUCUCACUGGGCUCACUGCCGUGACGAACACGACUUGCAAGCUCAUUGCUCAGUCCUGCCCGUCUCUAGAACUCCUUAACGUCUCUUGGUGCAAACACAUGGACGCUGAGGGCAUCAAGAUAGUGGUGGAAGCCUGUCCUAAGCUGAAGGACUUGCGAGCCGGUGAGGUAAAGGGUUUCGACGACUCGAGUGUUGCAUCGGCCAUCUUCAAGACGAACAGAUUGGAGCGACUGAUCCUGAGUGGAUGCAACGAUCUUGACGAUGUGAGCCUUCAAAUCAUGGUCCAUGGAGCCAACCCCCCAAUCGACAUCUUGACAGAUCGACCUAUUGUGCCUCCUCGCAAGCUUCGUCACCUCGACCUCAGCCGAUGCAAAGCCUUAACCUCGCGUGGUGUGCAGGCGCUCGGCCACUACGUCCCAGACCUUGAGGGACUGUCAGUCGCCCAUUGCACCAGUCUUACUGACGCGGCUCUUGAGCCAAUCCUGGCUACUACCCCUCGACUGACACACUUGGAUCUGGAAGACUGCCGAGGUAUCUCCAAUCACCUGCUGUCCGAGCAUCUGGCCAAGUCUCCCUGUGCGGCAAACCUCGAGCAUCUCUGCAUCAGCUCCUGCGAGAACCUUGGCGACACCGGCAUGCUUCCCGUAGUCCGCAACUGCAAGAGCUUACAGUCGGCGUACCUUGAUAACACCCGUGUCUCCGACCUCGUCCUCGCCGAGGCCGCAGCCAUGGUCCGCCGGCGCUCAAAGAGAACCAACGACCGUACGCAUCGGCCGCAGAUUGGCCUCAGCAUGGUCGUCUACGACUGCCAGCACGUCACCUGGACUGGAGUAAGGGAGGUCUUAUGCCGCAAUGCAGAGAUUAAGAACCCGCUCAACGAGAAUGGCGAGAGGCACCAGACCUACCCGACCGAGAUCAUCGCCCUCAAGGCAUUUUACGGAUGGCAGAUGACCAUCGAUGAGCAGACGAAGCGAGUCCUACGUGGUGACCUGGCGGCUGCGAACAGGCUCGAGCGCAAGUGGGCGGAAUACAUGCAGGCAAACGAAGAGGCGGGCGUCGUGGGUGCCGGUGGCAGGAGGAGGCGGAGACGGGCCAGAGAGGCCCAGAUGGCGCAUGAUGAAGAGGAGGGUGGUGUGGGCGGAGGACCCGGUGGAGGAAGGAGGAGGGCCAGGACGGCGGCUUGCGUCGUGAUGUAA